AUGUCAGGUCUGGAAGUCAUCGGCGGUAUCUCUGCGAUCAUCACUCUCCUCGAUGCCUCGAUUAAGAUCUACGACAGAGCUCGAAAUGGCAUGAAGUUACCAGAGACCUUCGAAUCCGUUCAAUGCCGACUGCCUGUUAUCCUUCAUAUCCUUCAGACAUGCAAGAGCGGCCUAGAAUCGCGAAAAGACUCUAUGCCUUCAGAUGUUUGUGAUGCGCUAGAGAACAUCGUUGACGCUUGUACUGAAAAAGCUCAAAAAUUGAGAGACAUAUUCGAGAUGGUCAUACCUGGUGAGAGGGAUACGUGGGAGAAACGAUAUGCAAAAGUCAUUCGCAGACUUGGAAAAGGAAACAAAGUCGAAGAACUCAUGGCUGCACUCACUCAAGACGUCCAACUUGUCGUCAAUAACAAUGCCGUCAAUUCUGCUACCCCUGAGCAAAACCUCGAACUCGACAAUAUUUGCAACGAGAUGAAAUCCGUCAAAAGCUCGACUCCCGAGAGAGAGCACACGGCCUUAGCUUUCCAUAGCGGUGGAGGGGCACAGAAUAACAACGUCAGUAGCGGCUAUGGUCAGCAAAUCAACAACAAUGCCCAUGUCGGAACGCAGAAUUUCCAUUCUGUCACUGUCAAGCAGAAGACAGAUUUUAGUUUUCGCGGACCCGUUGGUAUCUUACACGGCCAAGCGCCUUAUAUCGCCUCGGAACUCUUCGUCGGUCGUGGCUACGAGCUUGAUGAUAUCAAAAAGAUUCUACACCCUGACUGCAAGGCCCAAAAACAACGGCGCCUUGUCCUCGGUGGUAUGGGUGGUAUUGGCAAGACCCAGCUUGCGAUCGCCUACGCAGAAACCGGCCGUGGGUCUUAUAAAUCUGUGUUCUGGCUUAAUGCAGUGUCUGAAGCCGCAUUGAAAGACAGUUUCCGAUCGAUAGCCAGCCUUAUCUUCGACGUUGAGGAGCCGGGAGUGUUAGAGGACAAAGAGGUCGUGAGGCGCGUACAACAAUGGCUAUGUGCCCCCAGAAAUACUGAAUGGUUGUUGAUAUUCGAUAACUACGACGAUCCGGCCCAGUUUCAGAUUGACCGCUAUUACCCUCCUGCUUCUCAUGGGGCUAUCGUGAUCACCACUCGGCGGCCGGAUCUAGUUGCUGGGACCCCACUUCACGUAAAGCCUUUUCGGAACAUUGAAGAUAGCCUCGCGGUCCUUAAAACCCGAUCAAAACGAGACAGCGCUCAAUCAGAUCCUCAUGCCAAACUCCUCGCGGAGCGACUUGCCGGUCUUCCUCUUGCUUUGGCCACCACCGGCACAUAUCUUCAUCGCAGUACCUUCACUUUCGAACGCUACCUUCGAGAAUAUGAGAAACGUUGGAACAUCAGCCCUCACCGACCCCUACAACUCCAAGAGUAUCAGGAGCGCACACUAUACACAACCUGGGAUUUGUCAUACUCUCGCCUAGAGAAAGAAGAUCCGGUCGCGGCAAAAUUACUGAAACUACUGGCUUACUUCGAUAAUGGGAGACUUUGGUACGAGCUUUUUCAAGCUGGCCUUAAUGAUAGUUCUCCCGAGUGGCUUCGAGAAGUGAUCGAGGAUGACGUGAAUUUCAAUGGAGCGAUGGGAGCCCUAACUGAAUACUUCUUCGUGGAGAGUCACCAUACUUCUGGGUCAUGGAGCAUGCAUAACUGUGUGCACGACUGGACUCUAGCAGCACUCAACAAGAACAUCGACGCAAGUCUUUGUUGGUUUGUUUUUGACUGCAUUUCUGCGUCUAUAGGAGAUAAUAGGGUGGAUGACUUUGCAAAUCUGUCUUACUCUGCCUUGGCUGCUCAUGCCACGCGGCUAUUACAACAGCGCUUCUGCGAUAAUGACGUCUCAUAUGAUAUUGCGCCUCAUCGACUCGACCAAGCUUCACUAAUUGCAAACCUUCUUCGAGACCAAGUACUUCUCGUUGCUGCGGAGAAAAUGUACCAGCGAGCGUUAGCGGGAAAGGAGAAAGCGCUUGGAGCACAUCACACGUCGACUCUUCAGACUGUUAACGAUCUCGGGGUUCUAUAUCGGAACCAAGGCAGGCUAAGACAGGCGGAGCAGAUGUACCGGCGGGCGCUAGCCGGGCGUGAGGAAGCGCUCGGAGUACACCAUAUUUCAACCCUUGACACAGUCAGAAAUCUCGGGAUUGUAUAUCGUCUCCAAGGCAGGCUAGAUCAAGCAGAGCAGAAACUCCAACAGGGACUAGCUGGAUGCGAGAAAGCACUCGGAGCAGACCAUAUAUUAACUCUUGACACAGUUAACAAUCUCGGGAUUGUUUAUUGCGUCCAAGGCAAGCUAGACCAGGCGGAGCAUAUGUACCAGCGGGCGCUAGCUGGGCGUAAGAAAGCGUUUGGAGCAGACCACAUAUUGACCCUUCACACUGUUAACAAUCUUGGGAUUUUAUAUCGCGUCCUUGGCAACUUAGUUCAGGCAGAGCAAAUCCUCCAAUGUGCACUAGCCGGAAAGGAGAAAGCGCUUGGAGCGGACCACACGUCGACCCUUGAGACUGUCAAUAAUCUCGGGCUUCUAUAUCACGUCCAAGGCAAUCUAGACCAGGCGGAGCAGAUGCUCCAGCGUGCGCUAGCCGGGCGUGUAAAAGUGCUUGGGACGGAUCAUAUAUCAACUCUUCGCACUGCCAACAAUCUCGGGAUUCUAAAUUGUGCCCAAGGCAGGCUAGACCGGGCAGAACAGAUAUACCAGCAGGCACUAGCUGGGCGUGAAAAAGUGCUUGGAGCGGAUCACGCAUCAACCCUUAAUACCGUCAAUAACCUAGGGAUUCUAUAUCGUGUUCAAGGCAAGCUAGACCGGGCGGAGUUGAUGCUCCAGCGGGCGCUAGACGGGCGCCUUCUCGUGCUUGGAGCAGACCACACGUCGACCCAUGACACCAUCAAUAAUCUUGAGAUUCUAUAUCGUGCCCAAGGCAGGCUCGACCAGGUGGAGCAGAUGAACAUGCGGGUUAAGCUAGGGCAGGAGACGGAGAAUUCUGCCAUCUGA